UUUCACCCCCGAGUGGAUCUGUGGUUUGGCUUCCCCAUGGCUUCCUGCCGCACGUAUGACCCCAAGGUGCUGGUGGCCAUUGUGUGUGGGCUGCUGACCGCCAUCGUUUUGGGAGUGGGCAUCUGGAGGAUCGCGAUCAGGAUCCAGAGAGGAACAUAUACCUCGUCAUCAAGCACCCCUAUAGAAUUCUGCAGGAAUGGUGGAACCUGGGAAAAUGGCAGAUGCAUUUGUCCAGAAGAGUGGAAAGGACUGAGAUGUACAAUCGCUAAUUUCUGUGAAAAUAGUACCUAUGGGAGUUUUACUUUUCCCAGAAUUUCAGUGGGAAGAUACGGAGCUUCCUUGCAAACAUGUGAUGAGAACACUCUAAAUGCGGGCAAUCCAAGGGCAACCCGGCUGUGCAAUCUUACUGAAGAUGGAGAGAUAGAAUUACAAAAUGUGAAAAUAGGAAAUUGCAACGAAAAUCUGGAAGCCCUGGAAAAGCAGAUAAGCAAUACCUCAAUACAGUUGUUGAAUAUUUCUACUGAAGCCCAGAUUUUAACUUGUGAUGCCAGUAAAUUAACUCCUGAGAACAUCACUUCUGCUACUAGAGUGGUGGGACAGAUCUUGAACACAUCCAGGAGUGAUUCAUCUGAGGCACGACAAGUUGCUGUAACAACAGUGAGCCAACUUCUAGAUGCCAGUGAAGAUGUUUUUCAAAGAGCUGCUGCUGAUAAUGAUGAUACCUUUGCAACGCUUAUUGAACAAAUGGAGACUUAUUCCUUGACCUUGGGCAACGAGUCAGUGGUGGAACCUAAUAUAGUAAUACAGUCUGUUGAUUUCUCUUCAGAAGGCGCUGUGGGCUCUAUAGGUGUUCGCUUCACUGUGCAGAAAGGAGCUAGUGAUUCUCUCGUUUCUGGUUCCACAUUGAUAGAUACGAACGUGGACAGCCUUGAUCCAGAUGGACAGACUGAACUUCAGAUCUUGCUCAAUACCUCGAGAAGUAACACCAGGUCAUGUGGCUUUAUAAUGUAUCAAAAUAACAAGCUUUUCCAAUCAAAAACUUUUACAACUAGAUCAGAUUUUAGUCAAAAAAUUAUCUCAAGCAAGAUUGAUGAUAAUGAGGAAGAUAAGAGUGCUUCAGUUAAAAUAGUCUUUAGUCCAAAGUACAACCAAGAAGAAUUCCAACUCCAUUCCUAUGCCUGUGUCUAUUGGAAUUUUUUAAUGAAGGAUUGGGACACAUAUGGCUGUCACAAAGAGGAAAACAUUGAUGGAUUCCUGGGCUGCCACUGCAACCAUACUACGAAUUUUGCUGUAUUAAUGAGUUUCAGAAAAGAUUAUAAAUAUCCUGAAUCACUGAAUGUAUCAUCCAAUGUUGGAUGUGCGCUGUCCAUUACUGGUCUGGUUCUCACGAUCAUAUUUCAGAUUGUCACCAGAAAAGUCAGAAAAACCUCAAUAACCUGGGUGUUGGUCAGUCUGUGCACAUCAAUGUUGAUUUUCAACCUCCUCUUUGUGUUUGGAAUUGAAAACUCCAAUAAGAACUUAAAGACAAGCAAUAGUGACACCAAUAUUGACAAUAAUAAUAAUGAAAUGCUCACACAAGACACUAUCGUCAUCUCGAAUCCCACGUGCACGGUGGUCGCUGCCUUGCUGCACUAUUUUCUCUUGGGGACGUUCACGUGGACUGGACUCAGCGCCGCCCAGCUCUACUUCCUUCUGAUUAGGACCAUGAAGCCUCUUCCUCCACGUUUCAUUCUUUUCAUCUCUUUAAUUGGAUGGGGAGUCCCGGCUGUAGUGGUGGCUUUGACAGUGGGAAUUAUUUUUUCUCAGAAUAAGAAUGAUUCACAAUGGGAGUUACGCUACCGGCAAGAGGAAAUCUGCUGGCUAGCGGUUCCAGAAAGCGAUGGUGUGAUAACAAGUCCAUUGCUGUGGUCGCUCAUUGUACCUAUGACCAUUAUCCUCAUCAGUAAUGUUGUUAUAUUCAUUGUCAUCAUAGUCAAAGUGCUGUGGAAGAAUAACCAGAAUCUGACGAGCACAAAAAAGGUUUCGUCCGUAAAGAAGAUUCUGAGCACCUUAUCUAUUGCAGUUGUUUUUGGAAUUACCUGGAUUCUGUCAUACCUUAUGCUAACUAAAAAUGAUGACAUCAGGCUCAUCUUCAGCUACAUAUUCUGCCUUUUCAACACUACUCAGGGAUUGCAAAUUUUUAUCCUCUACACGGUCAGAACAAAAAUCUUCCAGAGUGAAGCUUCCAAAGUGUUGAAGUCACUGUCGUCACCCACUGGGAGAGUGAAGUCUAUGCCAUCGAUGAUCCCACUGAGGCUGCGUGUCAGGAUGUAUAACAUGCUCAGGUCUUUGCCAGCCCUAAAUGAGCGCUUUAGGCUGCUGGAGCCAUCUCUAAUCACCAAGGAAACCGUAGUCUCUGAAAGUGACCAAGAAAACCCAAGCUUCCAGACAUAA